AUGGGUUCAGCCUUUAAGAAGUUCUGCAUGCAGUUCUGCUGCUGCUGCUGCGCCGGUGACGAAGAUGAUGAGGAUGAGAAGCAGCCAUUAGUACCUCAAGAUCCAUUGGAGUAUUUUAACCGUGAAGUCCAGAAGCGUCGUGACGAGGAGACCAACCUGUGGAGUGAACCAGGAGACCCCAGCCACUCAGAGAGAGCUGAUGACCGGACCCUUUACACCCUGCUGCAGGCCAGGAACAAGACCCGCAUGGGAUCCACGGGUUAUCGCCGUCUGAGUGUGGACAUUGAGGCCAUGAGAGACACCCGCCGAGAAGUCAGAGACAAAUGGAAGACGGUUCUGGAGAACCUAGGUUUCAUGGCGGAGGCAGACUCGCUGCUGACAGUGUCUGCCGGUGCCUCACAUGACCGCAUGCGUAACGCCCCAGCAGCACGUGCCCUUCUUCACACGCUCCACUCUGAGACCUCCAUCUUCAGCAGCAGAGAACCGCCUCCAGAGAGAUAUCUGUUCAUCCUGGAUCGCCUCCUGUAUCUUGAUAUAGCUGAAGAUUUUUUAGCAAAGGCAAAGCGUUUCUAUCCGCCGAGGGAUGAUUCUGACGAGGAGAUGCCCUCAGGCCUCAACUUCAGCCUGCCGCUGCUGCUGGCCAGGGUGGAGGCCAUGAAUGGGGGAGGCGACGAAGAAGAAGAGGACGAGAGCGAAAGAGAAGAUGGAAACUUGAGUGACAGGUCUUAAGAUCUUCUGGCUGUAAUAAUAACAGACACAAGGCAGGGGGCAGUAGUCAUCAACCCUUUAGACCUGGAUGUGAAUUGCGUAGCUCCUCUCUUCAAGUGUCUGUUGCCUCGUACAGUGUCGCUGCGGCUUCUUGGAAGUUUUAGGCUGAAGAAUUUCUCCUUUCUCCCCCAAACUGCACAGCUUGAGUCUUAGUCUGUGUUCUCUGGUCAAAAUCUAAAAGGGUUUAGCAGA